UGAGUUUUGCGAUCUUUGUUGGGUUUCGCCAUUGCCAUCUUCUCGGACUAUACGUUCCGUCGUUUUUUUCUAUCUACCUGGCCACCUGCGUUGAACGUUAUUAUUGAGCGAAGAUGGCUACCGUUACCAAAGAGAGCAAUAUGACUACCGUUACCAAGAUUUGUUGUAUUGGGGCUGGCUAUGUCGGCGGCCCAACCUGCUCGGUAAUCGCAUUCAAAUGCCCGCACAUUCAAGUCACUAUCGUCGACCUCAACGCCGAGCGCAUCGCGGCCUGGAACUCCGACACGCUCCCCAUCUACGAGCCCGGGCUGGACGAGAUCGUGCGCGCCUGCCGCGGCCGCAACCUCUUCUUCUCUUCCGACGUCGACAAGGGCAUCCUCGAAGCCGACCUCAUCUUCGUCUCCGUCAACACGCCCACCAAGAAAUCAGGCAUCGGCGCCGGGCUCGCGGCCGACCUCGCGUAUGUCGAGUCCGCCACCCGCCGCAUCGCGCGGAUCGCGACAAGCUCCAAGAUUGUGGUGGAGAAAUCGACCGUGCCGUGCCGGACCGCAGAGAGCAUGCGCGCGAUCCUGGAGGCCAACUCACGCGAAAACAUCCAUUUCGAUAUCCUCUCCAACCCGGAGUUUCUGGCCGAGGGCACGGCGAUCCCCGACCUGCUGAAACCCGACCGUGUGCUGAUCGGGUCGUUGCAGUCAGAGGAGGGGAAGCGGGCCCAGCAGGCGCUCGCGGCCGUGUACGCCAACUGGGUGCCGCGCGCAAACAUCAUCACCAUGGGUCUGUGGUCGUCGGAGCUUUCCAAACUCGCCGCGAAUGCGCUGCUCGCGCAACGUAUCUCCUCCGUCAAUGCGCUCAGCGCCAUCUGCGAAGCCACCGGCGCGGAUGUGGACGAGGUCGCGCACGCCUGUGGGCUGGACUCACGCAUCGGGCCGAAAUUCCUCAAAGCAUCCGUCGGGUUCGGCGGCAGCUGCUUCCAGAAAGAUAUCCUCAACCUCGUGUACCUCUCCGAGAGCCUGCAUCUCCCCGAGGUCGCGGACUACUGGCGGCAGAUCGUGACAAUGAACGAGUACCAGAAGACGCGGUUCUUUGAGCUGGUCAUUCGUCGGCUGUUCAACACGGUUACCAACAAGCAUCUAGCGAUCUAUGGGUUUGCGUUCAAGAAGAAUACGGGGGAUACGAGGGAGUCGGCGGCCAUCACGCUUGUCAAGCAGUUUAUCAAGGAGAAGGCCAACGUGCAUAUCUAUGACCCGAAGGUGGACGAUGCGCAGAUCGAGAUGGAUCUGACGGAUCCGAGUGUCGCUACACCCGCUGAAUUCAAGAAGCACGUAACCAUCCACCACGACGCCUACAGCUGUGCACAGGACGUGGACGCGGUCGUGAUCCUAACCGAAUGGGACGAGUUCAAGACGCUCGACUACGAGAAGGUGUACCGCAACAUGAACAAGCCCGCGUUUAUCUUCGACGGACGGUUGAUCCUGGAUACCACCAAGAUGAAGAAGAUUGGGUUUCAGGUGGAUGUUAUUGGGCGACAGGUUUACUGAAUGGGCGAUGUGGUGUUGAGAUAUUUAGAAAAGGGGCGUUAUUUGGAGACAGUGGGAUGUAAACUUUGUGCUUCGCUUUCGCUUUUGGAUCGGAGGUUUUUCCUGUUGGUGUUUUUGGAAUUGGUGGACCUUGGAGCGAUGCAUGUAUUUAUCCCCUGGAGGGUUCUCACAUGUACAUGUAUUGGACUUUUGAAUUUGAUGUGUGGGACAGUGUAUUUCAUUGAUA